UGUAGUAAAUUGUACGCCUUCAAUUAUUUGUGGACGGCGGACUUCAACUCCAAGUCCAGGCUUGCGGCAUAGCAUCUCUGGCCGGCCUAAGAGUCUCAAUAUUGUACGGCUGUGGUCGACUAUCCACGUAGGGCGGGCAGGUCAAACUGCUACCGAGACGAUCGCUAUGCUGAUAGUCAUUGUGCGCCGCAUUUCAGGAUACCGGCACGUACAGCCGAUUAGCGUUCAGACAUCGCUGAUGUCAGCAUGAAUCCGGCAAUUAUUAUCAAUAUCAACUGUUACUUGCUCGCGCUGCAGUUUGGGCUGCAGCGUUUGAGCGCUGCUGGGGAUUUGCUAGAUAUCACUGUCGUAAAUGCACAGGCCAGUGCUGAUGAUGUUGGAGAUAAUCGUGAUGAGGUCGUAGCUACUGUAAUGCAUGAUAGGUUUAUGCACGAACCUAUCCGAGCCAAGUCAGCGAGAAAUAAUCGCGGCGCAGGUGGUGCACUGGCCGCCGCCACUGCAACUGGCUCACAAUCUAUGCAGAAGGUUGCUGGUGACCAUGGAGACGCUGCCAAGCAGAGACAUGACGAGCAUGACGCAGCCACUCGGUCUAGCCGCCCUGCAUAUCCCUCGCCGUCGCUCUUCGGCGACGUGGGCAGUUUCCCCACGCUGGCGAAAUCCACGCAUGUCAAAAUUGCCAGAGCCAUGGACACUGUAUACCAAGGCAUAACCACGGGGGAACACAAUGCCAAAGCACGCCAGUCUCGGCGUCAGGAUCUAAACAAUGCAACGUCUCCGCUGGGUAGUGCGGAGAUGUCGCAAGGGUCACAGGGCAACGAUUUAGUAUUCCUCUCCUUCUAUUCAUUGCUGCGUGCAAACAGUGUUGCACCACGCACGGAGGCCGUGUCAAGAUUGUUGCUGUUAUCCACAGGAACCACUGAAAAACAAGACCAAGUCGAAGGCUCACCGAAUUCUCGCCAUCUGCUCUGUGUUGCCAUUGCAUAUGAUAUGUUGUAUGGACAUAUGAACAGUGUGGAUCGUCACCGGGUUAGUAAGCACAUCGUAGUGAAGACUGACAGAGUACUUUCCAGGCUACAACGUCACGUGGCUGCAUGGGAGAGUGAUGAUCGCAAAAUCAGACUGGGUAUUCUGGAAGAUGCAGUGGCAUUGCUUGUUGGUAGCCUGGUGAUGCAUGAUCACCAGGACAAUGGUGUCCGGUCAAAAGAGAAACUAAGUCUGGCUCGACGCACUCUGGACAGGAUAAUGUCAGUGCUGGAAGACGUGGCAGAUGGAUCGAUUCCUGGAGCAGCAGGACGUACCACUGAGUGCAGUCAUCUUGUGUUCCUCUAUGUUCACUUAGCUAACGUACAUUUGGAUGUGAACUAUUACCGGCAUCCAUGGCUGCGACAACAUCUACAGUUUCUGAUGGUUACAACGUUACCGGACUACAAGUCAUCCAUGAGAGCAGUGGAUUCAACCGUGCCUGGCUGGGCAUACGGCCCCGAAGCACAGUUACAUUUCCUUGACAAGUAUGUUGUUCUCAACGGACAUGCUAAUUGGCUAGCUCAGCAAAUCCAACGCCAUCGUUCCAGGCAGACUUCUAUCAAUCCAACAUAUACCCAAUAUGCUGGACAGUCUAGCUUCAUGUUAAUGUUAGAGUUCUUAUGGUUUGCACCUGACAUCAAGCCAAUACCUCCGACCGGUUCAUCGGCCGUUUCUCCUGUAUUCUUGGAUACAUUCGGUACAGUGGUGUCUGGAGUAGGUUCUCAGCCACCUAACAGAUAUUUUCUCAGUUUGCAAAGUGCCUCACAGCAGCAUGUUGAUAGCUCUUGGAGUAAAGUCAGCAAAGACAAAGUUAGUGAGCUUGCAUGGCUGUACCGCAAUUCUUUCCUAUUCUACCCUGGUGGACGGCCGUUUAUUGUUGAACAAUUUAAGAAACAUGGCACUGCGGUACAUCCUGGAAAUGCCUGGGUGUUUGAAUCUGUGGCAUGCAUGGCAACAUUGCACUCACAGGCACCACCGUGUUCACCAUUGAAUGCAGGCAAUGAGAAGAGCAGUAAUGCUGCACACUCUGGUAUUGUGACAGCAAGCGAGCAAGAUGGCUUUGUGUUCAUCAUGAGCGAGGCAGCUGCUUUCUAUCCGGCCAAUCUGAUGCUUGUGAGCAAUAGCCGGUCCUUGCUUCUGCUCGAUCCUAAUGUCUUAGUCAUGGUUGACUCCAUCCAGCGGCACCCUGAUAGUUCCGUUGACCAUGGACAUGUAGUCUUGAAUCUGUUUGAGGAGUUUGAACUUGAUAGCAGAGGACGCCAAGCUGCCCAUCAGCUCCAGAACACACAGCACAUCUAUUGGUUUGUUGACGGUCGUGAUGACGUUACAGCCCGCCUGGAUGUCUCGCCAGGCCAUCAUUUGAAUGUUUCAGUGACUUUGGUAGAAGAGGUUACACGUGUUGUGUGGGUGUUCGUAUCCAACAGUAAUGCUGUACCAUCAGUGAGCUUCACACGAUCAUCAUGGCUAGGUGUGGAGUUCAAUGUUCACCUGCAAAGUCAGCAGAACAACUUGAAGUAUACACUCUCGUUGGUCACUGGUUACUGGCAUGUGAAUACUCGCUUUCUCUGGCAUUGUAGUGGGUCUCUGGCACACAUCAAACACAAAGGUGACACUGUCCAGUUCGGUGUCAUGCAUCGUCCAUCUGACCAGCCUCACUGGCAGGAUUUGUCAGACGCAAGUGGAGUGGCCUCCAUCAAGUCUUUGUGCAAUACAUCUUUGCCACUCGACAACCUAUCUAUCUCAGCAUGGAGAGCUGCAGCUGAGAGCCCUUACAUAAUCUUCUCGUCACUACCGAUGGCCAAAAUGAGUGCCAGUAUUGCAGAACACCUGAUACGUCCUGGUCCAGACCUUGCACUACUAGCUAUCACUGACUUGCAGAAAAGGAGAGGUAGCAGUCGGAACGCACUCUCUCCGUGCAUUUGGAACGAUGAAGACAUGUCACCGGGUCGAUAUUACGCUACUCUUUGGUUCAGAGAGCUCAAGGAGGAUCCUUUGAUCAAAAUCAAUAAAUCCCCAGCUUUGAAGCAGAAGAAGCAUCCGCAGGAGGUCACUGAACGGUUGUCGGAAGCCAAGCGUAAACUUGGAAGUGAUCCCUCCGCUGUGGUCAUAGCAGGUGACUGGGAGGGAAGUUGGAUUCUGAAAAUGGAGUGGUUCACGAGUACCAUUCGGCCAGGACGUUUUGUAAUGUUCCUAGAGGAUCCUCGCGAGUGGGUAGCGUCCGUGCUGGAACACAAGUCACUGCUGAUGAAGAGCACAUUGCCAUUAGCAUCACAGAUAAGUAGUCUCCUUGACAAAAUCAAUCAUGAAUGUGACCAAGGCAGUAGAUGUGCACCGGCUUUUUAUCCUGUUGUGCAGACAGCUCAAGAUGAACUGACUUCCAAGGAGCCAAAUCUGCCCAGGGCUUUAGCUCUUGUGUGGCUUGCCUUUACUAACACAUCUCUUUGUCUGGCCAGCAAGCCGCCGUAUUCAGAGAGGAUCCACUUUGUACCUGUUAGUCACUUCCUGGAACGAGCAUCAACAGUAGCCAGAAGACUUUAUGAAUUCCUAGGCUUUCCAUACCGACCUUCCAUUGCCAGUCACAUGCAUAGACUUAUAGAGAGUCGUACGUCUAAGUAUGCUUGGUUUGUCAAGUCCUUGAAGAAGCAGAGAUCAUUCCCCGGGCUCACCAGGCAAGCUGUUUCUGACAUUGAGCACGUGUGUGCUGAUGUCAUGACAAGACUGGGUUACUCCUGAGGCCAUCAUCUCUGUAUCGUAUUUCCCAGCUGUCUGCACGCCAUGGCAGCAGAGUAUGUCAGCUAAUGCAAGAGAAUGGAGAUUGCUUUUCCAAGUCGAUGGGAUAUUUAAUGGCUGUUCAGAAGUGACCUGUUCUAUUUGGGCUUAAUAGCAGCUCCUUAUUCCCCGCUUGCUGGUGUGGUGAUACACAGUGGCUAACACCGUGACAAUGCACUGCGGUUGAUCUUGAUACUUGUAUUGUUAUUUGACAUAGAAUUUUAGUUGACACUCCACUUGAAUUAUCCUUGAAUUUUCGAAUCCUGUCUUCAAGUAAUCUCACCCUGGACUAUCGUCCGUUACCACCAGAGUAUAUCACUUUGCUUCGAAUGCCUUCCACUCCUCGUAUCAGUAGUAGCCACCCACUAUUGAGUCAGUGCAGGACACUGAACUCUAAGCAGUACUACUAGCAGUAAUGAACCAGGUUUUCGUACACUUUUCUGUCAUCUAUUGGUAAUGUUUUGCAAUGCAUUGGUGAGCGCUAGCCAACAACUAUUUUUUAUUAAUUUUAUUAUUACCAGGGAGUUGUAGAAACGGAUUUAAACGACUCCCUGCUUAUUACAAUCAUGUAGCAGCUUUGAGUACUCGUACUCACAGUCGAUGUGCAUAACGUUCCCAUGGUUACAUUGUACAUACUUUGCGAUGCCAGUGCAUUGCUAUGCUGUC